AUGGGCCGCCGCAAGAUCGAGAUCAAGGCCAUCAAGGACGAUCGCAACCGCUCCGUCACCUUUCUCAAACGCAAGGGAGGGCUCUUCAAGAAGGCUCAUGAGCUCUCCGUCCUCUGCUCGGUCGAUGUCACCGUCAUCAUCUUCGGCCACAACAAGAAGCUCUACGAGUUCUCCUCUGCCGACAUCCAGGAGACCCUCGGCAGAUACCAAUACUAUGGACAACCGCAUGAGCAUAAAGGGCCGGCGGACUUUCUGGGGAAGGGCGCGCUCGACGACGACGAGGACGAUGACUCGCCCGCGCCAGAGGACCAGAUGCCUCACCACGCAUUUCAGCAGCAGCAGCAGCAGCAGCAGCAGAAGCAGUACAUAAAGCAGCAACUUCCACAGCAUCCACACGUCAAGCAGCCGCCUCCUUCUGUCUCCCCGCCGAUAGAUGCCCCCCAUGCGCCGCCGCCGGGUCAGGGACAGGCUCCCUCGCGGCCCUCGUCGCGUAACCACGUACAGCGGAUGGCCAUGCAUCAUCACCAGCAGCAGCAGCAUCAUCAUCACGGCACGCCUCCUCCUCCACCCCAGCCCUCGGCCAACGCGCAGAAUGGGUUCACCUACAUUCAGGGCUAUCAACAGCACCACCCGCAGCAGCAUCAGCAGCAGCAACAGCAUCAGCAACCGUACUACUCGCAUCAACCUCUUCCUCCACCGCAGCAUCAACCCAUGGCCCAGCAGUACAUGCAGGACAGGCGGCAGUCCAUGCCUCCAGCCUUCCAGGAACAGCACCAUCAACCACAUCAGCAGCAGCAGCAGCAGAUAAAGGUGGACAGGAGUCCCCCCCCGCAGCCCAAGCCGAUGCCUACCAAGUCACGCUCCAUCUUUACCCCCAUCGACGACAGAGGGUCCGUCCUGGCACAGCACUUUGGCUUUGGAGAGUCCCCCAAGAAGGAAACCAAACCCAGACAGCCUCCCCCACCGCAGCCACAGCCACAGCAGCAGCAGCAGCAGCACCAUCAGCAUAGGACACAUUCGGUCUCGUCCAUUCCCUCCAGGACAAACAGCAUCCAGUCAAACAUCAAACGGCCCGUCCUCAAGGUCCAGAUCCCCAGCGAAACGUCGGACGCAGGCAGCAUCACCGCCGGCUCCUCUCCAGCCACAGGCACUAACCCGGCCACCGCUGCCGCCGCCGCAACCAGCAAACCACCCGCCGAGACAGGCCACUCCACCGUCGUCCUACCCCCUCCUUCCCCUUCUGCCUCUGCUUUGCUCAGCGCCGGUGCCCACGGGCCGCCCAACCCCUUUGCCCGCCCGCCUCCCCCGCCCACCUCAUCUAGCCAGAACGCCAACAACGGCAGCACAAGCAACAACAACAUCGAUACCCCGAUAUCCGCCCUGCCCAGCCGCUUUGUGUCGGAUACGCUGCUUCCUUCCCCGUCUAGCUUCUAUCCCGAAUGGGGCUUCGGCCGCUCAGGGCCAGACAGUAACAUGCUGCCCAGCCCGCUGACCUUCUCCACGCCCGUCCUGCAGAAUCACUCGCAGCCAUUCACCAGUGCCUCUACCAGCAACAGUGUCGCCAACCGAGACGCAGACGAGGCAGAUCGGAAGCGAAAGGAGCCCGAGUCCAGUACCGAAGCCGCAGUCGACAAGCGGCUCAAGGUCGAGUAA